AUGUCGGGGAAAAACUGCAAGAUUUACACUUCAUACAAUUUAAAAUCGUUGCCAAAACAUCCUGGGGACAACUGGACGCGUUUUGUCUGUAUGAGCGAUACACAUUCACAAACAAAUAUCACCGUUCCUCCUGGAAACGUGCUCAUUCACGCCGGAGACUUAUCGAGCUGGGGAUCGCUUGAGAACCUUAUGCCUACCCUAGAAUGGCUGAAAUCUUUACCCUUUGAACUGAAAAUGAUUAUUGCUGGUAAUCAUGACUUAUGCUUAGAUACAAAAUGGAAGGAUAUUGGUGCUAAUUGGAUGCAUCCAAAGGUUCGUAUAGAAGUGGAUACAGCUUUGGAGUAUAUCCGUAGCGAAGAUAUGCGCGAAUCUGGUAUCAUCUAUCUGGAUCAUGAAGAGACUGAAAUUAUGACAUCUAAGGGCGUUAAGUGGAAGAUAUAUGGAUCGCCAGCCGCACCAUUUCACCUGCAAGGCGCCUUUCAGUAUGAUUCGACCGAACAAGCGAAGGAUGAAUGGCGACGAAUUCCCGAUAGUGUUGAGAUUUUAGUUACGCAUACUCCAGCGUAUGGAAUUCUCGACAAGACUCGAAAGGGUAAGUAUGCUGGCUGUAGCGUUCUGGCAUCUCGCAUAAAGGAAUUACUCCAUUGUCGAAUGCAUGUCUUCGGACAUAUCCACGAGGCUCAUGGGGCUAUCCUCACGAAUCGGACUAACAAUACCGGAAUGUGGCACACGCAAUACCCCGAGGUCAUUUCAGUAAAUCCUGCUAUGCACCACAAGUCUUUACCAGUUAUCGUUGAUCUGAAGAAAGACGCAUAA